UCAGAUGGGGAAAUUGGUGCAAAAUGCACUAAUUCCAUUAAUUGUGAAGAUGAUGAAACGUGUAUGAACCGCCACUGUCACUGCUCACAUAUUGUUUAUUCAAAUUCACUCUACCCAGUGUGUAGUCGUUGGAGGUCAUAUAGUUUAUGUGGAUUUCUUAGGAAUUGCAGCAAACACUCUACGUGUAUUAACUAUCAGUGUGUAUGUGAUGAGGGCUACUACCAGAUAGACUCUUCCUGUCGUAAAGUGCAGUUACAGCCAGUGAUGGGGACCUGCAGAGAAGCAGGGCAAGCAGUAUGGUUGUGUGAUGUCAACAAACAUUCUGUAUGCAUAAAUAACAUUUGUGUUUGUGCAAAGGGUUACGUCCCAACCUCAGAUGGAUUAUGUGAGCCACAGGAAUUGUACAUGAAGAAUUAUGGUCUCUCUGAAUAUCGUGUCAAACCUGGGGAAUACUGCAGAGAAUCUGCAGAUUGUAUUGAAGGACUAGAGUGUGAGAGAUUUAAAUGCAGGUGUCCAAGGAAUGCUUGUAGGCAUGACCAAAGAAAAGAUGUUUGUGACUGUGGGAAGGUUGAAUCACAGAUAGGACCAAUUAUUCUUGGGAUUUUUCUUGGCUUGUUUGUCAUUUUAUUCUGGUGCUGUACGAUCAAGAGAACCAUAAGGAAACACAAGAAAAUGAUGAGACAGUUUUCGUCUCUCACAGCAAAUGACAACGAGUAUGUGCCACCUUCAUAUGCACUCUCACCUGUCCAUUCCUCCAUCCAAACUGAAACAACGGUUGAUGGCACUGCAUCACCUGCCAGCAGAACAGCUGGCACUCCUAUUCCAGAAGACACUGGCACCUUUGCAACCUAUUCCAUAAAUCCCCCAACAGCACCAAAUGACCCUGUAAACCCUGAAUCAGAUAAGCCCCCAUCAUAUAUAGAAGUUAUUUCUUCACCCCUGUAUAACCCUGUCACCAUGAUACCAAAUGCUCCAUAUCCUCAUGCCUACAUCCCUUUGUCUAGUAGCACUCAGCGGUCCUCUAGUCCAUCACACUCUCUUUCAAGAGAACCACAUUCCCGUAGUUCCUCACCUGUACCACACAGUAGUCCCUCAGUAACAACAUAUCCCCUUAAUCCCUUAGCAGCACCACAUCCUGGUAGUCCAGGUUCAAUGUUACACCCAGUUAAUUCUUCAGCCCCAGCAGGUGCUACCAGUUCUUCAUCUCCAUCACAUUCUGUUCCUGAAGCAGCACCAGCUUACAAUCCAUAUUUUAAUGAAGACAGUGCACCAGGUAUGAUACCCCUGUCCUCCACUUUUUUUUUCCUUUAUAUUUUUUUACAUUCUACUGAAAAGCGUACAAAUUUUGACUUUAGAUUUACUGUUUGUAAAUUCAAAUUCCCAAAUUGGUGGAAGAAAAAAGUGGCCCAAGGGGUUUAA